UCUCAUCUGAACGCCGCCGCAGAGAUUCCUCGUCCUCGGUGACCGGAACUAAAUGGAGCCUCGCUCGCUGCUGCUCCUGCUGCUUCUGUACGCCUCUUGCCUCCACUCGGUGACGGCUUCACGGAGCGGAGUCAGAGGACCCAAAGUCACGGAGAAGGUGUUUUUUGACAUCACAGUGGCGGGUCACGAGGUGGGCCGCAUCGUCAUCGGCCUCUUUGGAGAGGUGGUGCCGCUCACCGUCAAUAAUUUUGUUGCCCUCGCAACCGGAGAGAAAGGCUACGGCUACAAAGGCACAAAGUUCCACCGGGUCAUCAAAGACUUUAUGAUCCAAGGAGGUGAUUUUACUGCUGGAGACGGAACCGGAGGUCACAGCAUCUACGGGGCGACGUUUCCUGAUGAGAAUUUUAAACUGAAGCACAGUUCGGCGGGAUGGGUGAGCAUGGCGAAUGCCGGCGCAGAUACCAAUGGCUCGCAGUUCUUCAUCUUGGCCACCAAGGCGCCCUGGCUGGAUGGGAAACACGUGGUGUUUGGAAAAGUCCUGGACGGCAUGUCUGUGGUACACACCGUCGAACUCCAAGACACCAACGACAGAAACCUGCCGUACACCGACUGCGUCGUGGUCAACAGCGGACGGAUCGCCGUCAAACAACCCUUUAGCGUCGACGUGGACGGCUUUUAGAUCAUCAAGAAUAUUCGUUCUCUUUGGAAGACUCUUGAAGAAGAAAGAAAGUUGGCACAUUAUUGGCUUGUUAGCGGGCUAGCAGCAGCAUGACGGCAAUUGUUUUCGUUUCUAAAUCAUGCGAGAUUUAAACCUUGUAAAUGUUUUAUUUAAUGUUCCAUAACAUAAACAAAAUGUAAAAUGGAAUAUGAUCUUAAGAGUGUCCAUUUUAAACUAACUUAUAAAUUGUUCAUUUGUUAGCACAAUAACAAUACGUUGCUCGCACCGGUUUUACUGUGAAAGGACCCAAAUUUACACUUGGAUCUUGUUAGCGAGCUACCGUUGUAGCAAAAGUUUUUGUCAUCAAAAUUGUUUGGUUGACCACCCAAAAAAAAAUUUUUAAUUUGAAAAUGAUCUUCAAAGUGCCAAAUUGACGCAUUCUUUAUUUGCUAGCGAGCUGGCAUGGUAGCAAUACUUAUGGAUUUAUCUUUCAACAUGAUCAAUGCACAAAAACGAUCUGUCAGUGUACCAAAAAAAAAAAAAUGGUCGGGUUGGUGCUAUGAUGGGGACAGCUGCAUGUGCUGUCCUUGCUAUGCAUUCACAAUCUUAAAAAAAUGGAAAAACUAUGCAAACUGGACCAACCAAAAAUGCAGUUCUAAAAGACAAAUUCAUAUCACGUGAAAUAUGUUUACACCAAAUGAUGCUAACAUGUUAGCAUCUCGCUUCACACUGCUGCUUGUCUAACCACUAUCAGACUGUGAAUAUGAUGUCAUCAAUCGAUCACAUGUUCCAAUCUUCCGGCAUGCUUUUAUUACCAAUAUUAUUGUUUUUGUUUCCAAUAAAUGUCUAGUGCCAAA